CGGUGACGUAGUUCCGCUUUGCUGGGCGCGCGGUGGACGGUCUGAAACGUAGAGUGCGGCUUUCGCUGGGGCUUCGCGUCCCCGGAGCCCAGCAUGGCUUCCUCGCGACCCUCCUCCACGGUACAGGCAACCAAAACUAAGGCACCAGAUGACUUAGUGGCUCCUGUUGUGAAGAAACCACACAUCUAUUAUGGAAGUUUGGAAGAGAAGGAGAGGGAGCGUCUGGCCAAAGGAGAAUCUGGGCUUUUGGGAAAAGAAGGACUCAAAGCAGGAAUUGAAGCAGGAAACAUUAACAUAACCUCUGGAGAAGUGUUUGAAAUUGAAGAGCACAUCAGUGAGAGACAGGCUGAAGUGUUAGCAGAGUUUGAGAGAAGGAAGCGAGCCCGGCAAAUCAACGUUUCCACAGAUGACUCAGAGGUCAAAGCUUGCCUUAGAGCUUUGGGGGAACCCAUCACACUUUUUGGAGAAGGUCCUGCUGAAAGAAGAGAAAGGUUAAGAAAUAUCCUCUCAGUGGUCGGUACUGAUGCCUUAAAAAAGACCAAAAAAGAUGAUGAGAAAUCAAAGAAGUCCAAAGAAGAGUAUCAGCAGACCUGGUACCAUGAAGGACCAAACAGCCUGAAGGUUGCUAGACUGUGGAUUGCUAAUUAUUCACUGCCCAGGGCAAUGAAACGCUUAGAAGAGGCCCGUCUUCAUAAAGAGAUUCCUGAGACAACUAGAACCUCCCAGAUGCAAGAGCUGCACAAAUCUCUCCGGUCUUUGAAUAAUUUCUGCAGUCAGAUUGGGGAUGAUCGGCCUAUCUCCUACUGUCACUUUAGUCCCAAUUCCAAAAUGCUGGCCACAGCUUGUUGGAGUGGGCUCUGCAAGCUCUGGUCUGUUCCGGAUUGCAACCUCCUUCACACUCUGCGAGGCCAUAACACAAACGUGGGAGCGAUCGUAUUCCAUCCCAAAUCCACGGUCUCCUUGGACCAAAAAGACGUCAACCUGGCCUCUUGUGCUGCUGAUGGUUCUGUGAAACUGUGGAGCCUUGACAGUGAUGAACCGGUGGCAGAUAUUGAAGGCCACACAGUGCGUGUUGCCCGUGUAAUGUGGCAUCCAUCAGGACGUUUCUUAGGUACCACCUGCUAUGACCGAUCAUGGCGCUUAUGGGAUUUGGAAGCUCAAGAGGAGAUCCUGCAUCAGGAGGGCCACAGCAUGGGUGUGUAUGACAUUGCCUUCCAUCAAGAUGGCUCUUUGGCUGGCACUGGGGGACUGGAUGCAUUUGGUCGAGUUUGGGACUUGCGCACCGGACGUUGUAUCAUGUUCCUAGAAGGUCACCUGAAGGAAAUAUAUGGAAUAAGUUUCUCCCCCAAUGGCUACCACAUUGCCACUGGCAGUGGCGACAACACCUGCAAAGUGUGGGACCUUCGACAGCGACGUUGUGUCUAUACCAUUCCUGCCCAUCAGAACCUAGUGACAGGUGUCAAGUUUGAGCCUAUCCAUGGGAAUUUCUUGCUCACUGGUGCCUAUGAUAACACAGCCAAGAUCUGGACUCACCCAGGCUGGUCCCCUCUGAAGACUCUGGCCGGCCACGAAGGCAAAGUGAUGGGCCUAGACAUUUCUUCCGAUGGGCAGCUCAUAGCCACUUGCUCCUAUGACAGGACCUUCAAGCUCUGGAUGGCUGAAUAGGCAGGACCAUGGAAGAAGGACUCAAGCCUCACUCUCCCUUUAGAGCCAUUUUCAAAAGAAAGGAAUUGAUGUGUUUUGUUCUAUCAUGUAUUUUGCCAAUUACCAUGUAUAUAGAUCCUCAAAAGAACUGAAUUUCUGUCUCAGCUCCCACUGCAGGCAAGCAGCCCGAUCCCUGGGUGUUGGUCAACCCCUUCCACGGUUGAAAAUUUUUAGUUUUCAUCUUCAAGCCCCUCCAUGAACUUUGUAGACAUUGUUUUUAUUAAUCUUUUGUUUGAAUGCCCUCUUGCUUUCCUCAAACCACUCAGUUUUUACUUCUUGAAACCUGGCUUUCCGUUACAUGGUACAUGUUUCAGGACUCCAUGUGACCCAGCGAGCAAGACGGUUGUGCUCUGUGCAGGAAGCCCUCAGGUGAGAAGCACAUCUCACUGUGCGCUGGCUGAACAGUACCUGACAGCGAGCACCCUGAGAAUGGAAGGCGGGACGUAGACCACAGCUGUGUCCCGGGUUAUGCAGUGGAGGUCUUACCUCAUCCUGUUGAGUUCACUGGGAAUGCGAACUGCAUCGGGAAGUUCAGAACUGAGCAGCUGCCUCUUCAGAAGAUGUCUUCCAUUUUGCUUUGAAGUUUGGCAUCCUUUGUAUUACCCCAAAACUAGGCCAUUGUGUCAAGAUUCUGUGAAAUUUUUAGGAAGCAAACACGAUGUCUCUGUUGUGCAAGUUCUUUUCUGUUGGUUAUUUAUAUGUACCCUUCAUGUGGAGAUAACUCGGGGGGGGGGAAAAUCCCUAAUGGAUAUUCCUAAACAUAAAACUUUUUUUCUUUAUUGCACACUUGCUACCGAGUAAAAUCCUAUUUAAAAAAC